AGAGGAGAUGGUCUGUGAAAAAAUGAUCAUAAGUCUUUGAGUAAAAGUAGCCUGAAGAUGCUGAAAUUACUGAUCGUCUUUACUCUUUACUUCUUCGCCAUUACAAAAGCCACACCGAGAGGUAUAUCAUCUUAUGACCGGCACCGCAAUCACAACAUCGGUAACAUUGAGGAAAAAAAAAAUCUGACAAUAAAUGAAGCGUCGCAUCAUGUCAGUAUUCAAAUUCACGGCGUCCAUUACUGCAGCGGCGCAAUAAUAAGUUACCGCUGGAUUGUCACCUCAGCUCAGUGCAUUGUCAAUUUCCGUUCAUGUUACCCCUUGAUAACAAUCCGCGCCGGUAGUGAAAAUCGUUACAGCAACGGCUCUGUUCACGCAGUCGAUAAUUAUAUUGUGCACCCAGAAUUCAAAUGUAACGGUUGUAAAAUUCCAGUGAAUGACAUCGGGCUGAUUAGUAUUAAAGAUACAUUUACUUUUGACAACACGCGUCAGUUUAUUAAGCUGCACAACAAUAACCAUCACAAUGCAGUCGAAAAUCAGAAAGUAAAUGUCAGCGGAUGGGAUGACAAUUUUGAAAAAAUUGAAUUAUCUGCCCAUUUGAAGAUGAAAAGCUGGUCCACUAUUACAACAACCCAGUGCAAAAAUUAUUAUUUUUUCGUCGAUGAAGCUAUCAAUAAUAUGAUUUGUGCGGUUAGUGAUGAUGAAAAAAAUCCGUGUGUGGUUGGUGACCUGGGUAACCCCAUGGUUGUAAAUGGACGUCUAGUGGGUGUUAAAUCUUUUAGAAUGGGUUGUUACAGUUUUCCUGGAUCUCCCACCCUCUAUACUUCUAUUAAUAGUUAUAAGGAUUGGAUUAAAAGUAAUACUGGUAUUGAUAUUGACUGAAUUUUUUUUUUUUAU